AGCGGUGCAGAGGAAAAGAACGGACCUCUUGUCAACAAGUAGUCCUCGUCACGUAGGGUUAGGUUAUGUUUGCCAAAGCCGUGUUGUAACUUAAUGUUAUUUCAAUAGAUUUAUCAUUAGAUAAACAUAGGUAUAGAUAUAUCGGAAUAAUAAAUAUACAUUUAUAACAUAUACAAUGUACACAUGAACAUAAUGUUAGGUCAUUUCUAGAUAGAUCCAGAUAGCUUCUAGUUAGAUCUGAUGUUCAAAUAAGACAUCAGGCGUCUAUCUUAUUCAUUUUGUGUGUACGUUAAAGAAUAUCACAUCUUCGUGACAAUAAUGGACGAUCAAGCGUGUCCACGAUGCAAGACCACCAAAUACCGAAAUCCGUCGUUGAAGAUGAUGGUCAACGUUUGUGGCCAUGCAUUGUGCGAAAGCUGUGUGGACUUAUUGUUUCUGAAAGGUUCUGGAUCCUGUCCGGAAUGCAAGAUUCCUCUGAGAAGGGCAAACUUUAGAAUUCAAAUGUUCGAAGAUCCUAUGGUGGAGAAAGAGGUGAACAUAAGAAAGCGUAUCCUACGAGACUACAACAAGAGAGAAGAGGACUUUGCCACAUUGAGAGAGUACAAUGAUUACCUGGAGGAGAUCGAGCACAUAAUAUACAACUUGGCGAACAACAUCGACGUGGUCGAGACUAACAAGAGGAUAGAACAGUACAAGAAAGAUAACAAGGACCAGAUAGUGAAAAGCAAGUCUAAACUUGGUAGGAGCGAGUACGAGCUGGAGGAGAUGCUGGAGUUGGAGAAGCAGAAAGAUGAGGAGAGGAGAAUAGAGCUCGUCCGCCAAGAGGCCGAAGCCAAGAAGAAGAAGAUCCGCGAGAAAGAAGCUCUGAUAGAUGAGCUGAUGUUCUCCGAGGGGAACGCAAGUAGCAUUGUCAAGUCGUUCGCGACUGCCAUCAAGUCGUCCAAGAAAGAGGCCAACAAGUCCAGCUCCACCAUGCGAGCUACACAGUUCAGUACAGGCAUUAAAUUCGGCAGUCAGAGCGAUCAGAGUUAUCUGUCGGUACCAAAGAUAGAGGAAGGCCCUCUUUAUACUUACACACCGAUACGACAACCAAACGACGGCCCGACACCGCCUAGUUUGCGGGAACUGCAGUCUCGCGGAUACGUCUCAAACAUACGCAAUGAGUCUCUGGCCGAGAGAGCUGGUGGUUUCAAGGCGCAUGUCGCGUGUCUACGAGCACUGCAGGAGGCGAUGGCAGGCCUGUACCACAAUCCUUCGCAACGCCAGACGGAAUUCAAUGACGUAUGACCGCGUAAAUUAUUUUAUCCGCAGGACGAUCGCGAUCUCGAGCGUCCACCGCUCUCUCUCAUCGCGACUGUUCUCAUCUGGUUGGCGCUGGUGACUGAUGUGACGAGAUAUGUGAUUAUAUUCAACACACAAUGGCGAUAAAUCGGGAAAAUCGUUGCUUUCGGCUCGUCGCGUCAAAGUUCGGCUCACCAAAUCGUGAGGGCGGAAUCGUGCCUUCGACGUAAAUCGCGAUAUGCGUAUUCCUGGACAUUAAGUCGAUAAAUCGAUAGCUUUUUUUGCUCUACGCGAUAUCGUUAUCUGAAAAUAGUGAACCAAAAGCGUGGGUGUUGUGCAUACGCUAACGAAUUGCAUACGACUGUAUGAUGAACGUUCAGACUCUAAUCGGUGCGUGUGUUAAUUUACCGAAAUCGAUGCAUAUAUAAUACGCCACGUUAUCUUGGCCGAAAUUACAUACCGAAGCAACAUUAUAUUAUCGCAGACAAUCUUCCACUUCCUCUGUCGAAUGUGUAUCCUGGUAUAAUUUUAUCGUUUCUAUCAGUUGAAAUAAAUCCUACUAUCGAGUUAA